AUGAACGAAUAUCUCGACAAUUGCCACUCGAUCGAGCAAACUGGCGAUGACGUGUUCAAAGACAAAACGAGGAUAGCUGAAGUAGCUGCUGCCACGUUGUGCAGAUUGAACAGCAUAAUGAAGCAGAUGAAAGACUGGCGGGACGAUCGCAUGAAAUUGCGAUCCAACAUAUGGCGUUUGAAGCUGGCGUUACGCGUUGCUGGAAGGGAGACGGACGGCAGUGUCCACGCUGACCCAUUGAUCGAGCAACAGAAAGAGGAAAUCAAACGACUGGAGACGACCAACAGGGAAUUGAAGAAGGAGAUUGCCAAUAUUAAAUCGAGUCUGCUCAGUAAAGGGUACGUGACGCAGGAAACGGAUUGGAAAUCCGAGGACAAGCUCGUGGAAGUUGAGCAGGAGUAUUUGAUGGAGAGGGAACGUUUGAACAACGAGAUCCAGUAUCUGAAAAGUCGGUUGAACGAGGUCGAGGAGGGUCAUGUACACAGUUCGGAAGUGGAACACUUAAAAUGCAAGCUGAAGCACUUCAUGAUGGUCGACUACACUAUGGAGAUUAUAUUCACCGAUAUAGUUAACAAAGUGGCCGAGACCAUAGCGAAUUUGUCCGAGGAGUUGGUGAACGUGAACGAACGUUUGCACAAGUCCCAAAUGAGGAACGACAAUCUUUACGUGGAGAUCGAUAAGUUGAAAGCGAUGCUCAGAUUCAAGAACGGCAACCUAAUGGAUUACCAGAGGAGGAUAGUCGAGCUGGACAAUGUGACGAAACGUUUGAAAACGGAAGUGAACAAGUUCAAGGUUAAUUACGACGAGAGCUCGUGGAGCAUCGGGUCGAGCAAUUUGAAAAACGUGGAACGUUUCGUGAACGACUUGAAGUACAAGUUGAGGAACGAUCACGAGGCUCUGCUUGGCGGCGGCGAUCCGUAUUGUUUCAUGUACAUUCAGAAAAUCAUCGAGUUGCGGAUCAAUUUGCGACAAUUGCACAUCGAUUUGGCAAAAUCGAUCGGCAAGGAGCACAGGAGCACCUCGGGGAAAUUGAUGGAGCACAACGAAUACAUGAAACAGCUUUCGAAGUUGGACUCGAUAUUGAAAGAGAUCAACAACGAGAUCGACAAGUUGAAGAGCAAUCACAAAUUACAAAAUCUUCAGGGCGACAAAGAGGAGUUGUUGAACGAAAUGCAGAAAAUUCGCGACGCCCUGAACAAGAAAAACGAGGAGACGAAGAUCGUUCUUGCCGAAAAGAAUACAAUGGAGAGGGUGUUCAACGUGAAAAUCGCGGAUUUGUCGAAGAAUCUUCAGAUCAGUUCGAAGGAGAAUGAAAAAUUACAGAAUAAGGUGAACGAAUUGGAACGGAUGAAAUAUAGGCGGGAAGCGUCGAACGUCGAGAAGGAGAACGAGAGCGCGAGACGGCUUAAGGACAUAACGGAGAAGAUGAACAACGAGAUACAAUUGUUGAAGGUAAACUUGAAAAUUUCGAAGGAGGAUUUCAAUCAAGCGAAUCGAGAGAUCGCCGAUUUAAAAAUUAAAUUGGAACAUUUGUCCGACGAAAAGACGAAGUUGGAGUCGAGCGUUGCUCAGUUAGAAUCGAAGAAGGAGAUACUGGUGUAUCAAUUGGCCGCCGAGAAAACUACCGCCGAGGAGAGGCUGAAAGAGAUCACCAAGUUGAAAUCAGAUUACGUCGAAUUAGACGUGGAGAAGGUGAAUCUGAAAAUGGAGAAGGAACAAUUGAACGUGAAUUUCACGAAUUUGAAGGUGGAGAAGGAACAGAUAGAGAAAUCUUUAGAAUUGGUUCAAAGCAAGUGUUCCAUGUUCGAAAGUAAAAUUGACAAAUAUAAGUGCGAGCGCAACAAUCUGCUCGAAGAAGUCAGAAAUCUUAAGGUGACCAAGGAAACUUUAACCAUCAAAUUGGAAGAGACGAAGUCGCAGUUGGACGGAACUGGAGAUAAGAUAAGGCAAUUAGACGUUGAAAAUUCGAAACUUCACAUUGACCUGAACGAAUUAACUGUGAAGAAGACGAGCCUUGAACAAGCUUUCGAAACCCGCGAACAAACGCUUUUGUCGGAGAACCACGACCUCGCAACGCGUGUUAACAAAUUGGACGAGGAAAACCAGACGUUGAAGAAUCAAUUGAAGGAAAGUAAAACGACAAACGAAUAUUCCAACGUCGAGUUGAGUAAACUCAGGACGGAAUAUGAUAACGUGAAAUUGGAAAAUACGACUCAAUUGGACGAGUUAAAGCAAUGCAAUGAAAUGUUGAAGGAAAUGAACAACGAGUUGAAAAUGAAACUGAAUGAAAUUCACAGCGAGUACAGAAUAUUAGAGAAUCAGUUGAAGAUCUUGGAAUUGAUGAAUACCACGUUGAAGAAGGAGAAAGAAUUAUUGGAAAAAGAAUACACGAACACUCUGCAGAAAUUGAAAAUGGAGAGAUUGGAGAAGGAAGGAAUCACGUCGGGCAGCGAAUCAGUUUCUACCGAGCAAAACGAAGAUAUGGGAAAAUUUGAGAAACGCCUGAAAAAGGAAAAGGUACCGGAGAAAGAAAGUCAAAACUAUGAAAUUAAAACGCAAUUGACUCAAACGAAGGAAGAGAUUCAAAGGCAAAAGUCGAAUGCCGUGGAAAAAAAGACGAAUGAAACGACGAUUAAACCUAUCUCGAACAAGUUGGAGAUCGUGAAUCUUUAUUACAAAGAGAUUAACAGUUAUUCGUCUCGUGGUCUGAAGAAUACAGAGGCGGUGACGCACAUAGACCAAUCGAGUUUAUGCCUGUAUGAGGGUAUGAAUCGUGGAUCGGACCUAGAGAUCGAAAAAUUACUGGAAAUAAUGAACAAAUUGAAAGUGGAGAAUAUUGCCUUGAGAAUGGAAGUGAACUCUUUGAGAUGCAAUUUGAUUAUUAAUUUCUCUGAAGAAGAGAAGAAGAAGAAAGACCUACGAAUAGCCACGGAUGAGAUUCAAGCAUUGAAAUCGGAAUUGAAGAAACUGAGGGACGAAAGAGAAUCGUUGCGGAUUAAAUUCAAUACAACUAAUGCGAAAUUGGAUCUGCUGGAAUCUGAGAAAGCUGCUUUGAAGAAUGAACUGUAUACUAUAAGAAAUAUUAAUUCCGAUUUUAAACAAAAGAUAAGCGAUUUAAACAGCACUUAUCAAAAAUCGAAGGAGAAGAAUUUAGUAUUCGAGAAUUGUAUCGUGAAAGCAAUUAAAAAGAUAGAGAAAUAUACUUUAUGCGAUAAUAUGCAAAUCAAAG